AUGAAGUUUUCCGCGGUCCUCGCUCUCGGCUAUGCCAGCCUCGCUAGCUGCCACACCAUCUUCCAGAAAGUCUCCGUCAACGGACAAGACAAGGGCCAGCUCGUCGGCCUCCGCGCGCCCGACCAAGACUACCCGACCCAAGACGUCAACAACCCCGACAUGACAUGCGGCAAAGUCGCCCUCACCUCGCGCGAAGUCAUCUCCGUGGCGGCCGGGGACAAGGUGGGCGCGUGGUGGGGCCACGUCCUGGGCGGGGAGCAGUGGCCCAACGACCCGGACCACCCGAUCGCGCGCUCGCACCACGGACCCAUCACGGCGUGGCUGGCCAAGGUGGAUGACGCGGCCAACGCGCAGAUUGGGCAGAACUUGCAGUUCUUCAAGGUGGCCGAGGACGCGUUCGAUGUGGGGAGCAAGACUGGUAGUUUUACCCCGGCCCAGACGCAGAGCUUCCCUGGCGCGUACCAGCAGAACGAUCCUUCUAUCCAGACUAACAUCUGGGGUGCGAUUCCCGAUGUGGCGGAUAACCAGGGAAAGCCUUACCAGGCACCUGAAAUGCGCUUCCGCAGGGGCAUCACCUUAGCCCGUCCCCACUGCCUUUGCCCUGCGUGCAUUAUCAUCGGCGUGGGUCGAUAUCUCAAAACCCCUCGCAAGACGAACCCUGUCGAAUUAGCCCAGCUGGAGAGGGCAAAGUGGACGAGGUGGCCCAGGAACGUGCAUCCGCACCCGCUCUCGCGACCAGCGGCUUCGUUGUCCGCAAUCAUGGCAGCCGCCACAGCGACCAGCUCUUCCAAAAUCUAUGAUUUCCUCAUCCUCGUCGACGCGACCGCGUCCAUGGGCGGCUUUCUCGGCGCUCUCAACUCCUCCCUCCCCGAAAUCAUCCGCAUCUCCGCCCUGACCGAUUGUUUCGCCCGCAUCGGCGUCGUCGCCUACCGCGACUACUGCGACGGGCCGAAGCUGCUCGAGUGGUCUGGCUGCGUGACGCAGGCGGAGCUGCUCGAGUUCGUCGCGGGGCUGCGGCCCAUAGGCGGCGGCGACUACCCCGAGGCGGCGAAGACGGGCUUGGCCAUGGCCCAUCAGGUGAUGCGCGCCGACGCCACCACCAUCAUGAUCGUGUACGCGGACGCCCCCGCCCACUUCCCCCACAGCGGGGGCAGCGACCGGCUCAAGGAGAUCAAGGCCCUGACGGCCCAUUCGUACGGCGGGCACGGCAAGAAGUUCGCCGAUUGGGUCUCGGCCGCGCGCACGCUCGCCGGCAAGGAUGGCGGCAAGAGGGCCCGCGUCCACACCAUUCUCAGUCCCACUAUGCCCGUGGCCACCAUUACGUUUAGCUACCUGUCGCUCGCCACGGGCGGCUUGUGCAUCGGCCUCCCGAAUCAGCGCAAGGAGACCAUUUCCGAAGUCACCAUCGGUAUCCUCCUCGCCUGGAUGGGGAUUCCCUCGAGCGGGACGUCCGUGAUCGGCAAGUUUGUGAAAAACGCGUGGCCCAAGCCGCAGCAGCUCGCGGGGAGCGCGCUGUCCGCGGACAACUUCGCCACGAGCGCCGAUGAGAUGGACGUCGCCGAGCUCGCCCAGGCCGUGGCGCGCCGCAAGGGCGUCGACGCCGCGGACUUUUCGAAGCGGUACGCCGCGGACCCGGACUACGCGCGGUUCGUGACGGGCCAGCUGCGGGGCAUCAUCACCGAGAACGUGACGGCCAUGACGGUGAACCCCGUGUUUGGCACGUUAUGGCGCACCGUGUGCAACGACCGCAAGAACCCGAUGCGGGACGAGCUCAUCCAGCUGUUUGGUAGUGAGGUGGAGAAGCUGAGCGCCGCGGCCGACGAGAAGCAGAGGAUGAAGACGUGGCUGGAGGAGUCGUACAAUUACGUGCAGGACAUUGAAAACGCCGUGGCCGCGGUCCCUGACGAGGACCAGUUCCCCUGCGUGUACCUCGACCCCACGCAGGACUUUUCCGCGCUUGGAAGCGAUGAGGAUGCGGAUGCGGAUGCGGAGGAGGCGAAGCCGAUUAACCAGUUUACGCGUAAUGAGCUCUUGGAGAUUGGGCGCUCGUGCGAUUACAAGAUUCUUCGGCGUCUCGGCAAGGUGUUGACGCGCCUUUCCUACGCCGAAAAGGCCGAGGACUUGCCCCAGCAUAUCCGCGAGGCUGGUACGGACAAGGUGCCCCGGAUGCCUCUGGCCCUGGCGAGCAAGGACCACGAACGCCAGUUCUGGACGAUGCUGUUGCAUACCGUCCUGCCCGGAACUAUGCUCGGACGGCGGCCUGCCGCCCUCUUGGCCGCGCUCGCGCUACGAAUGGGGAUGCGGGCCCUCUUGGACGCGGCGGACGAGGAACUCCGCGGGUACAGGCCUUACUGGAACACGAUCGAGAUCCCCGAGACGUGGAACCUAGGCUGCCUGGGCCUCUUGCUCGACGCUGACGACAACUUUGCCCAGCGGGGCGCUGUUCAAGACGCUGGUGGACUACAAGAUGCUAGAGCUCAACCUCAAGACCACGCUCACCGCCACGGUAGGCUGGAGCCCCGACAAGGCCAAGGCCGCCAUGGGCCCCGUGGUCGUGUGCCGCCAGUGCGCGUUCCCCGCUCCGUGACCAUCAUGUCCCACAACGGCGUGUGCGGCCUAUGCAGCGCCGAAACCGACUGGUGUGACUGCAGCGCGUGCCAGUCCUCCCAGGAACACGAUGCGCGCCUAAUCCAUGGCGUCACGCGCGCAGACACGGCUGCCACAGCCGCCACUUGGGUCGAGUGCGGGGUGACGACGUGCCGUGCGCAGUACAUCGUUUAUAACCCGCAGGCUCUCAACGUGCGCGCCAAGUGCUUCUACUGCCGGCACUCGUCUGCCGUGGCGGCCAAGGAUGCUCUCCUACCCAAGGCGCGGAGGAAGGGCGUGGAGGAGCCGCCGCUGGUUGAGUGUACGGGCUGUCUGAAUCGCAUGAUUUAUCCCAAGGAGUAUAGGCCCAAGGGCUUCGACGAAGCGGCGUGGCGGUGCCCGCACUGCGAGGGAGGUGCCGUGACGACGGUGGUGAAGGCGGAGACGACGGCGCAGAAGUUGGCGGAUGAGAAUGGGGCGGAUUGGCUCCUCGUGAAUAAGGACGGGGCGCUGCGUGAGCCGUUCAAUGGUCGCACGCUCUUACGCGGCGUCGCACUGCGACUUGGAGAAGCUGGCGGACAAGUCAAGGAGGCGCUACGAGGCUGGAUCCUCCGCCGACGCGCCGAAGGCGCGCAGUGCUCCCUGUGCUUCUCGACCGUCGGCCGCAGCGCCAUCCACCCAGCGUGCGGCCGGCGAGGAUGCGGCCAGCAAAUCUGCGGCCCGUGCCGUAAAGCAUGGUACGGCAUCAACGGACAGGGACGCAUCAUCAACGUCGCCGCGCUCUCGUGCCCCUUUUGCCGCCGGUUACCCGCCCCAACGGCAGUCUCGGCCUUUGGACUCACGCGGCUCGGCCACGCGCGCGACGCCGUACGACACGCGGGGUCCUGGAUCUACGCGUGGUGUCGCGACUAUUCUGCGGCAGGCGCGGGAGGCGGCGCAGGAGUACGCGCGCACGGGAAGGCGGCGGGAAGAGGCGGAGGCAGCGGCGCGGGCGGCGGGGCAACGGUGGCGGGCGGAUCCGCGGGCGCCGAAGCUGUGUCCGGCGUGCGGGGUCAUGACGGAGAAGACGGACGGGUGCGAUCAUAUUAG